GAACUGCUCAAAACGAUGAACUUAAAUCAAAAAGGGGAUUCCCACAAACCGACGCCAAAAAUGCUUGCCAAUGAAUUCGAGAAACAUCGAGCGAAACCAAAACGGCAUAAAGAUGAUGUGGGAAGUCGUGAUAUGGAGGAUAUAGAUUAUAUUUUAAAUCGUAUACCGAUUAAGAAACGAAGGAGACGUCACGGACCGGGAUCAGAUUACGAAAAGAAUCGUUCAUCACGGUCGACUCCGAGCUACGAACACUUCGAAAAUUACCGGCGCCGUGGUAAAGUGGGAAAAAAUAUGAGGAGUGCCAAUCAAAAAGAGCGGCUUAGCAAAGAAAAGAAAUCUGAUAGUAAGCAAACAACUAAACUCGAGCGUAUGACCGAAGAAAAAGCUGUGACAAUCUGCAAUGAAUAUGACGGUCUACCAGUAAUGGGAACUCAAAGCGAUGAAAACUUACAGAGUUUAAGUUUGAAACAAGAAAAUGUGAAGAACAGCCCACACACCGAACUUACUACAAUACAAACCGAGAAUUCAGACUCAUGCGAGCAAGAAACACAAAUGUCAUUAACUGAAAAUAAGGACAAUCGACAGUCGACGCCCACGCAAUAA